AUGGGGAACAUACACCAGGCCGGCGUCAAGAAAGAUGACCAUGGCGGCGGUGACAACCAGCAGCUACAGGUGGUCUCCGUUCUCGAGCUCCAGGCCGGCGUUGUGGAAGACCAGCCGCAGCCUCUCGGCGGAUGGCAUGCCGUCGAGGCAACCUCCAUGUUGGAAAAUUGCAAGACAAACAGUACUGCUACAGAUGGAGGCACCAGCAGCAGGAUAGAUAUCCUCGGGCCUGCAACAGAACAGAAUAUCCCAAAACCCAGUGAUCCUCCUCAUCCAUGCCCGCCGCCACAGUCGCUGCCGGAGGGUGUGCAGUCCGUGCUCAAAACGUCACGGGUUAAUCGAAAGUGCAUUGGAGACGGUGAUGGCUUCACUGCUUAUGAGGAGAGGAUUGCAGGUGAUACAAACAUCCGAGAUCCACCGAAAUACAAAAUUAGAAUGAAGUAUGUAUACUGUUAA